AUGACGCCUUCGUAUGAGUCUCCCAUGCCACCGUCCGAAGUCUUCGAAGACAGCAUCAGGCCUUGCAACAUCAUGCAGCUGGGAAUCCCGUCGAUGUCGAAGACUUGGCGGUGCCAUUUGAGCCUUGGUGAACACUUUGAAGAUGCAUUCGCCUUGCGACUUCGAAAGACACUUCCAGCUGGAGAAGUUUUGCGCAUCCAGAAUCCUGAGGACCCAGUGGUGGACCUGACAACUUUGGAUCAAAAAGGCCUGAAAUGCUGUGACGUUUGGUGGGUGCGUGAUGGUGGACACGUCAUGUGCUUCGGAGCAUCCCGCGGCCUGGCAUGGCGCCUCAGAAAGUGGGUGGAGUGCAAAGCGACACUCGUACAAAUUUGA